UCCACUCUUCUCCCUGCCUCCUAAACCUUCCCUGUCUUUUGUGUGAGGGGAGGGGCAGAGCAGCGUGUCAGUUACUCACCACACAUAUGCAUGCAGCGUGCUCAAAACUGCAUUCGACACUCAGCUCAGUUAACCGUGGGUAAUCCUACUCACUACCGCCUAUAUGUUGCAGAUCCGUCAGGCAAAAAAGGAAUUCUAGAUUUUAUCUCCCUCGACUGCUUUGAAGAGUGCACUGGAAAGCAAGCCUGGACAAGAGUGAGUUUUCAGUGAUUUUAUUUGAGGUGCUGUAAUCACAUGGAGGCUGAAAUGAGUAGACUGCCUGUUCUGGGAGGCUUAUCUGUUUGUGGAAGGAUGCUAUGUUGAAUUCUAACCUCAAGCAUUCCAUCAUCACUAUCAUUAUCAUCAACACACAGCUCUGCCAUUCAGUGUAGUACUAGGACUCAGAGAAGGAACCUUAGAAGAAAAAACAAAUGUUAUAUGUGCAUUCCAUAAGCUCCUGAAUGUUCAUGAAUUUUGCAAGAAGCGGCAUAAGGAUGACAAGUGUGGUAUGGCACUCUUUCUCAGCCUGUUCCCUUUUCCUCCUGACCAUCAUCUUUGACAAGGCUGCUUCAGUGCAAAGAGCUGAGGAUGAUGUCACACCACGCCUAACCUUUCUAUAUGAUACAGAAGACAGGCUAGCCAAGAGGUUUUCACCUGCUGGAGUUUUAAACUUUACCUCUCUGCUUCUGAGCCCAGAAGAUAACACACUAUACGUAGGUGCCAGAGAAAUUCUGUUUGCACUUAACCUCAGUGAUAUCAGCGGACUGCAUCUGCACCGCAACUUCACAUGGAGCACACCAGAAAGAAAACGAGAAGAGUGUAGCUUUAAAGGCAAAAAUCUACACACUGACUGUUUCAAUUAUAUUAAGAUUUUACUGCGUGUAAACACCACUCAUCUGUAUGUGUGUGGAACGUAUGCCUUCAGCCCUAUGUGUGCACACAUUAGCACAGCAGAUUUCUCCUUGGUUCGCAGCAGUACGGGGGAGAUUGUGACAGAAGAUGGACGCAGUCGCUGCCCUUAUAAUCCUGACUAUAAGUCCACUGCCAUCAUGGCUGGUGGAGAUUUGUAUGCUGCUACAGUCAGUAAUUUUCAAGGGAAUGAGCCCAUCAUUUACAAAAGCCUUGGUCAGGGCAUUACCUUAAAGACAGAAAACUCACUGAACUGGCUUCAAGACCCAGCUUUUGUAGGCUCUGCCUUCAUCCAGGAGAGCCUCCCAAAAGGCAAUGCAGUGGGUGAUGAUGACAAAAUUUACUUCUUCUUCAGUGAAGCAGGGAAAGAGUUUGAUUUCUUCGACAACACCAUUGUUUCACGUAUUGCUCGUGUGUGUAAGGGUGAUAAGGGAGGAGAGAGGGUCCUGCAGAAGAAGUGGACCACCUUUCUGAAAGCCCAGCUCCUCUGCUCACUGCCUGAAGACGGCUUCCCUUUUAACAUCAUUCAAGACAUGUUUGUAUUGACACCCAGUAAGGAAGACUGGAAGAGCACUGUGUUCUAUGGAGUUUUCACCUCUCAGUGGUACAAAAGGGCAUCGGGCAGCUCAGCUGUGUGCACCUUUACCAUGAACCAAGUGGAGGAGGUGUUUAAUGGUCGUUAUCGGGAGGUUAACAGGGAAACACAGCAAUGGUCCACCUAUAAUCACCCAAUCCCAGAACCCAGACCUGGAGCGUGCAUUACUAAUGCAGCUCGAGCUCAGGGCAUCUUCUCCUCACUGCACAUGCCGGAUAAGGUUCUGAACUUUGUGAAGGAUCACUUCUUGAUGGAUAGUGUGAUUCGCAGCCAGCCGUUGCUGGUUAAAAGCAAUGUGCGUUAUAUGCAAAUCAUUGUGCAUCGUGUCCAGGCUGUACAAAGGGCCUACAAUGUGCUUUUUUUGGGUACAGAUGAUGGCAGACUUCACAAAGCCAUUAACUCCAAGGGCAAGAUGCACAUCAUCGAGGAACUAACACUUUUUCUAGAACCACAACCCGUGCAGCACAUCAAGCUAGAUGCUGAAAAGGGUGUGUUGUUUGUGUCCUCUUACUCCGAACUAGUGGAGAUUCGUGUUGCUAACUGCUCCAACCACCAGAGCUGUGGGGAGUGUAUUCUCACCAGAGAUCCUUACUGUGGCUGGACAGGGGGGCAGUGUGUGGAUGUCAGGCAGGCAUCAUCUAAAAGUAAAAUUCUGCAAGAUAUAGAAGAUGCCAACACAGCCACAUGUGAUGAGGCCCUGCCCAGGUCCCACUCUGCACAGCUUCCAUCCACACGUAUUCAUCCAUGUCAAGUGAUCAGAAUCCCAGUGAACACAUUUCAAGUGCUGCCAUGUAAGUUGCGCUCUAACCUGGCUGAAAGACGAUGGGAGUAUAGCAAGGGUGCUGGGCGCUUUCUCUAUCCAAGCUCUGAUGGGGGGCUUGUAGUAGUGGCCCAAACAGGCAGGGAGGAAUCCUAUGAAUGCUGGUCAGUAGAAAAGGGCUUUUGGCAGCUUCUGGCCAAUUACUGUGUGAAGGCAGAGCCACAACAUGAGAGCACCACGCUGACUGGUAGCUCUCACACCCCCCUGGUGCCCAAGGAAGAGCCAAUGAUCCUUCCAGGUGAAGCUCGCUCAUCACUGAUGGAGACCAAAACCUACUGGAAUGAGCUGAUUGUGGUAUGCACACUGCUGGGCGUCUCCCUCCUUGUCUUUUCUUUGUUUGUGAUCUACCGGAAUAGAGACCACAUGAAAUCCAUGUUAAAGCAGAGCGAGUGUCCCAACAUGCAGCAGAAAAAGGCACAAAUGGCAGGAAAGCCCACUGAAAGUCUACCACUGAAUGGCAACAAUAUCCCAUCCUCAGUGUCAGACCACAAGGGCUACCAGACACUGCACGACAACUACUUCUGUAGUACACCAACACAAGAGUGUUCUUCACCUGAAAACAGCAAAAGUUUCUCAGAAUCAGAACAGCGCCCGUUGCACCUGAAGGACACCCAUGUAGAGAUAUCACCCACCUGCCCACGUCCUCGAGUACGCCUUGGCUCAGAGAUCAAAGAUUCCAUCAUUUGAGACUCUAGAUGUAAAUGACAACUUCAGUGACAAUACAGUGAUGUAGAGGGAAUUGACAGCACCACAGGACACACAGCAAAGACUUGAAACCCACUUCUGUUGAACGUUUAAUAGGAUAUGUGUAUUAUUUUCUUUGCACUAUGUCCGCUACUUAUGUCUUGGUGAUGUCCAUAUUCUCUCAGUCACUGGUAGUAUGCGUUUCAUGGGGCAAAAAAAUGAGAGCGGAGCAAACUUAUGACUCUUAGAGCAGCAUUUAUAAAGCUAGAUGAUCCCAGGAAUAUGGUGUGCUGAUGUAAUGCCAAUCAAACAUUUGCCAUCAAUUCUGUCCAAAUCAUCUGUUGGCAUCCCUGCUAGUUAUGGGGUGCCCUCAGGGAUUACUAUCCUGAUACCCUCCCAUCAACCUUGCUUAUGCCAUUUGAUGAUUCAUUUCACCACUGCAGGGUGCUAGAAGGCUAUACGGUGCCAGAAGGCUAGAUGUAGUAGUCUUGUAAACCAGCAUAGAUAGUGUAAUUGGUACAAUGUAAACAAGCUUUGAUUAAAAAGCCUCAUGAUAUACAGUCAGGUCCAGAAGUAUUUGAAUAGUGACAGUUUUUGUGAUUUUGCCUUUAUACACCACCACAAUGGAUUUGAAUUAAAACAAUCAAGAUGUGAUCAAAGUGUAGACUUUCAGCUUUAUUUUAAGAGGUUCCACAAAAAUAUGGCAUUUACCAUUUAGGAAUUACAGCCAUUUUCAACAAAGUAUCUCAGUUUUCAGGGGCUGAAAGGUAUUUGGACAAAGUGACAUAAUUGUAAAUAUAACCAAAAUUUUAAUACUUGGAUGAAAAUCCUUUGCACUCAAUGACUGCCUGAAGUCUGGAGACAUCACCAAAUUCUGAGUUGCCUCCCUGGAAAUGCUUUGCCAGGCCUUCACUGCAGCCACCUCCAGUUGCUGCUUGUUUGUGGGUCUUUCUGCCUUCAGUCUUGUCUUCAGUAAGUGAAAAGCAUGCUCUAUUGGGUUGAGAUCAGGCGACUGACUUGGCCAUUGAAGAAUAUUCCAUUUCUUUGCCUUCAAAAAGUCUUGAGUUGCUUUCGCAGUAUGUUUAGGGUCAUUAUCCACCUGCACUGUGAAGCGGCGUCCUAUCAGUUUUGUAGAAUUGGCUGAAUGUGAGCAGAAAGUAUAGCCUUAUACACCUCAGAAUUCAUCUUGCAACUUCUGCCAGCAGUCACAUCAUCAAUAAAUACCAGUGAGCCCGUUCCAUUGGCAGCCAUACAUGCCCAUGCCAUAACACUGCCUCCACCAUGUUUGACACAUGAUGUGGUAUACUUUGGAUCAUGAGCUAUUCCAUACUUUUCUUUUCCCAUCAUUCUGGUACAAAUUAAUCUUGGUUUCAUCAGUCCAAAUAAUCUUAUUCCAGAACAUGGUAGGCUUUUCUAGAUGUUUUCUGGCAAAGUCUAAUCUGGCUUUCCUGUUCUUGAAUGUUACCAGUAGUUUGCACCUUGUUGUAAACCCUCUGCAUUUACAUUCAUGAAGGUGUCUCUUGAUUGUAGAAUUUGACAGUGAUAUGCCUACCUUCUGCAGAGUGUUUUUGACUUCUGUUGAUGUUGUGAAGGGGUUUUUCUUCACCAAGGAAAGGAUUCUGCGAUCAACCACUUUAGUUGUCUUCCGUGGUCUUCCAGGCCGUUUGAUGUUGUUGCGCUCACCAGUGCUUUUUUUCUUCUUAAGAAUGUACCCACCUGUUGAUUUGGCCACACCUAAGGUUUUUGCUGUCUCUCUUAUAGAUUUAUGUUGUUUUUUCAGCCUAAUAAUGGCCUCCUUCACUUGCAUUGAGAUCUCCUUGGACUUCAUAUUGGUAGCUCCAGUCAAACAGCUACCAAACGCCAACUCAAUACCUGAUAUCAACUCCAGACCUUUUAUCUGCUUCAUAUGUCUUGAAGUAAUGAGGGAAUGAACUGCACCUUGUCAAUUAACUUCUUGUCAGUCAAUUGUCCAAAUACCUUUGAGCCCCUGAAAUUGGAAGUACUUUGCUUAAAAUGGCUGUAAUUCCUAAAUGGCAAAUGCCAUAUUUUUGUGGAACCUCUUAAAAUAAAGCAGAAAGUCUACACUUCGAUCACAUCUUGCUUGUUUUAUUUCAAAUCCAUUGUGGAUGUGUAUAAAGGCAAAAUCACAAAAACUCUGUCAUUGUCCAAAUACUUCUGGACCUAACUGUCUAUGCAAGGCUGGAGUACAUCAUCAUGACCUCAGUACAAGUCAGUUCUACUAUGCAAAGCACUGGGAAUUCAUCAGGAAUUGGAUUUCCAUUUAGAAAAGCUAGCAUUGGCACACGGCCACAUCUUCAGUACUGCCUCCCAAAGCAACACACAUACAAUCAAGUAUUAAAGUAAGAAUAGAGGUAAUGUGGUAAAGUGAGAUUAUAUUAGUACAAAGUGUGAACAGGGCCUAAGAAGGCAUAUGGUACAGGUAGAGCAUUAUGGGACAUGAAGGCAAAAAAAGAAAAAUUCAAGGACCUAAGAGAUGGAGGACUUGCUUUUCAAGGAUAAUGCCAAUCACACCAGUGUUAGGGAUGAAAUAGAAAAAUGGGGGAAGUUCAUGUAAACACUGGUGGUGACCAGUAUCAAUAAUAUUAUACCCAUUUAAAGAAUCAAAUCUGUAGUCCAUUGUGCCAAAUUUUUUUAAAUGUAAAUCAAUAAUAUUUUAUUGUAUUGCAAUGUGCCACAAAAGGGUGUUGUAUUUAAAAGGAUUGAAAUAAUAUAAAAUGUCAGUUGAACAACUUUUAAACUUAAAGGGAAAAAUCAUCAUUCUUGUGGGCUACAUUUGUAGAGAGUUAUUUAGACUGCAUUUCUUUGUCAUGUUUACCUUUCGGAAGACAAAGUUGGCUGGACAUUCAUCUUGUUACUUCAGUUGCUUAACUGAUUAGAGCAGUGUGUUUAAAAACCUGUAACACAGCUCAGUGGAACUACAUAAGAGUAGCAUAUGAUGAUGCAAAAAAAUCUAUAUUUGUAGUCAUAAAAUGUUUUCAUGGUUGAAAAUGCCAUUUAAGUGGUUCUUGAACAUUGGGACCUGUUAAUCUUCCAAAGAUGGACAUUCUAUUGCACCACUUUGAACAUAUAAUGUACAAACUUUAUAUGUUAUUUCUCUUGUAAGAGCAUGCAAACAUUUGUUCCACAGAUUGUAGUAACAAAUUCAAUUGAACAUAUUCCAAAAUAUUUUUCCUAAAUGUUUAUGAAUUACUUUAUUUGAUAUGUUUUGCAAAAAGUAGCCAUCCGAUAUGUGUGCUACUGUACUACUGAUUGACUGCCAUUGUGGUAAUGGAUGUAUAUGUAUAAAAUAUUUCCACAGUAUGUUAAUGUAAAAUGGGGCUGUUAAUGUAAAAAUGGGGCUACCAUCAAACUGUUGACAUUUCUGUAGCAAGAAUUUUAGAUAUUUUUUCUUAACACCUUCAUACAGGUGGGUACAUAUUGUGAAUGCAAGUUGGUGUUUCUUGUGCUAUGAAACACAUCCUCAUAGCUUUUUUUUUUUUUUUUUAAAUGGCUGUGCACAAUCAUAUGUAUAGAUGUCAGAGCUCACCUGCAUGCCUCCUAUUAUGUGUAUCCUCCAUGCUCCAGAAAGGAAAAGUAAAAGAAUUCAUUGUUGCAAA